AUGGCUCCCGAUAUUACUCGUAUCAUCCAUGACCUCUUAGAAACCCAACCCGAGAUGGUGCAAGUCGUAACCCCACCCUUAGGAGACCCAAUGAACGUACAAGGACGAAUGCAUAGCAUGUAUCGACACUUAUGUUGGCUACAACGUACACAACAACGUAUCCAGUCUUUG